AUGUGCCAAGUACAACAACAAGUUGGAGCUGGGCCACAUAUUGUGAAUUCUCCGAAUGCAUUAUUCCAGGCCAGGGCCACAAGUUCAGCUCAAUUGGAUCCUUGCCAAUACAUGUUGAGUCUAUUGAAUGAGACAAAAAAUGAGUUGAUGCAACAUGAGCAAACGACACUUGAACAAUGCCUCUAUUACUAUCUUGCUGGAGAAAGUGCAAAGAAACUUGGAAGACUCAAUAUCCCGCAUUCUAUUGCAUCAGUCCCCCCAAACUAUCUUAGUCAGGAGCCGGUUACCGUCAACUUUGCCCAAUUUACACUUCAACAUUUUGAACUGAACGAAUAUCUCAAAGACAUUUCCAUUCAUGGCUACCUUGAUCUCAAUUGGCACGACGACCGUCUUAUGUGGAAUCAAGACACUUGGAAAAAGAACAAGCUUGUCGUUCACAGCUUCCAUCACGUUUGGGUUCCUCUACUUGGAUCGCAGAACCCUGAGAAUCAUUUGAAGAAUGGUGAUGCGUUCGAAAUUCGUAAAGUUGAAACAUCUAAUCAAGGAAAUGUAACUGCGAAAGUUGCUUUUUCAUUGAGAACGUUCUGUGAUGAUAGUGACUUUGAAAACUAUCCCAACGACGUUUACAAAUGCUGUUUUGCGUUCGAACCGCAACAAGAUAGAGAAGUAAUACAAUUCACAUCAUCGGGUCUGCCGAUCUUCACCGAUCCGAAAAACUUUCGCGAUUACGGCUGGGGUGUUUCAGGAACAGUUCCCGAGAGCUUUGAUGAUCCAUCAGAUGUUGCUCAGCUCGGUUUCUGCUUAAACCUCAAGAGAGCUCACUCGGCUUUGAAGGUUGAGCUCACUUUGCCACUCUUCAUUGCCACUGUUGUAUUCCUUCUCCCGCCAUUAUUCGGAUCCAUCAAAAUACAGGUGUUCCUGAAAAUGUUUGUUAUGCUUUUACAAUUUCUUACUCUUCUAAUGUUCUCUCAGCGAAUUUCGCCAUUCCUCUCAAGCACAUCUACUACACCAAAGCCAAUGAGAUUCUUGGAAGUUGCCUUGACGCUCAAUUUGGCGUCUAUUACUACAUCAUUGAUAAUUUUUACAGCGAUGAAAGUGAAGAGAACGCUUCCUCCAUGGGGAAAAGUCACCCAAAUUGCUAACCUUGUAAACGGAGUUCUUGGGAUCUUGCAUAUUUCUUCAAUUGAAGAAUACAAUCUGGACAAACUUGAGGAGCAAGAGACUCAGAACACGUACCAGAAGGAUUGGCACAAUGUCUUCGGCGCUGCUCACGCGGUUUUCAUGAUCUUUUUCAGCGCCAUCAUGAUCUUCUUUUACAUUGCUUACUGUCUAUAA